AGGACAUGGGCAGCAAACCGUCCACACCAGGCGGUGACCCCACAGCACAGUGCCCUGGGACAGAAGGCAUUCAUGCUGCAUACAAGCAAGGAAACCCCAGCAGGGCCCGGCACCUGCUCAGAGAGGCUUGUGAUGAGAGCACGUCCCAUCUGGAAAAGGGCCAGCUUCUGAGCAUCUCGGCGGCCUAUGGCGAUCUGGAGACCGUCCGGUACCUUCUCACCGAGAGACGGGUGGAGCUGCCCACCGAGCCCACCGAUGACAAUCCAGCUGUGAUGGCAGCACAUUUUGGGCACACUGACGUGGUGCAGGAGUUGCUCGAGUCUUUGCCAGGUCCCUGCAGCCCCCAGCGGCUGCUGAACUGGAUGCUGGCUUUGGCUUGUCAGCGAGGGCACCUGGGGUUGGUGAAGCUCCUCGUCCUGACGCACGGGGCCGACCCGGAAAGCUACGCAGUCAGGAAGAACGAGUUUCCUGUCAUCGUGCGCUUACCCCUGUACGCGGCCAUCAAGUCAGGAAACGAAGACAUCGCCAUAUUCCUGCUUCGGCACGGGGCUUUUUUCUGUUCCUACAUCUUACUGGACAGUCCUGACCCCAGCAAACAUCUCCUCAGGAAGUAUUUCAUCGAAGCUAGUGCCUUGUCCAGCAGUUGUCCAGGGAAAAUGGCUCUUCGUGUGAAAUGGUCCCACCUCAAGUUGCCCUGGGUGGAUCUGGACUGGCUCAUAGACAUCUCCUGCCAGAUCACAGAGCUGGACCUUUCUGCCAACUGCCUGGCUUCCCUCCCCUCCGUCAUCCCCUGGGGACUCAUCAACCUCCGGAAGCUGAACCUCUCCAAGAACCACCUGGGGGAGCUGCCUGGUGUGCAGUCAUCAGAUGAAAUCAUCUGCUCCAGGCUCCUCGAGAUUGACAUUUCCAGCAAUAAACUGCCCCACCUCCCACCGGGAUUCCUGCACCUCUCAAAACUUCAAAAACUGACAGCUUCCAAAAAUUACUUAGAAAAAUUGUUUGAAGAAGAAGGUGCCACUAACUGGAUUGGUUUGCGGAAGCUACAGGAACUCGAUAUUUCUGACAAUAAAUUGACAGAACUCCCUGCACUUUUCCUUCAUUGCUUCAAGUCGCUCAAUUCUCUGAAUGUCUCCAAAAAUAACCUGAAGGUGUUUCCAGAUGCCUGGGCCUGCCCUUUGAAAUGUUGUAAAGCAUCCAAAAAUGCCCUGGAAUCUCUACCGGACAAGAUGGCUGUCUUUUGGAAAAACCACCUGAGGGAUGUGGAUUUCUCAGAAAAUGCUCUCAAGGAAGUUCCCCUGGGGCUUUUCCAGCUUGAUGCCCUCAUGUUCCUAAGGUUACAGGGAAACCAGCUCAUGGCGCUGCCGCCUCAAGAGAAGUGGACCUGCAGACAGCUCAAAACCCUGGAUCUUUCCAGAAACCAAUUUGGCAAAAAUGAAGACGGACUGAAAACAAAGCGUAUUUCCUUUUUCACCACCAGAGGGCGCCAGCGUCCUGGGACCGAGACAGCGGGGGUGCUGGAAUUCCCGGCCUUCCUAAGUGAGUCUUUGGAAGUCCUUUGUCUGAAUGACAAUCACCUGGACGCCAUCCCUCCCUCGGUUUGCCUCCUGAAGAGUUUAUCGGAGCUUUACCUGGGAAACAAUCCUGGCCUCCGAGAGCUCCCUCCUGAGCUGGGGCAGCUGAACAAUCUCUGGCAGUUGGACAUUGAAGACCUGAACAUCAGCAACGUGCCCACAGAGAUCAAAAAAGAAGGCCCCAAAGCAAUGUUGUCUUACCUGCGCGCUCAGCUGCGGAAAGCAGAGAAGUGCAAGCUGAUGAAGAUGAUCAUCGUGGGUCCUCCGCGCCAGGGCAAGUCCACCCUCCUGGAGAUCUUACAGACGGGGAGGGCCCCCCAGGUGGUGCACAGCGAGGCCACCAUCAGGACCACCAAGUGGGAGCUCCAGAGGCCAGCUGGCUCGAGAGCCAAGGUGGAGUCUGUGGAAUUCACCGUCUGGGACAUCGGCGGCCCCGCGAGCAUGGCCACCGUCAACCAGUGCUUCUUCACAGACAAGGCCCUGUAUGUGGUGGUCUGGAACCUGGCGCUGGGGGAGGAAGCUGUAGCCAACCUCCAGUUCUGGCUGCUCAACAUCGAGGCCAAGGCCCCAAACUCGGUGGUGCUGGUGGUCGGAACGCACCUGGACUUAAUCGAAACCAAAUUCCGAGUGGAGAGAAUCGCAACACUGCGCGCCUACGUGUUGGCACUCUGCCGCUCGCCCUCUGGGUCCCGGGCCACCGGCUUCCCGGACAUCAGCUUCAAACACUUGCACGAGCUCUCCUGUAAGAGUCUGGAAGGCCAGGAGGGGCUGCGGCAGCUGAUUUUCCACGUCACGUGCAACAUGAAGGAUGUGGGCAGCACCAUCGGCUGCCAGAGACUUGCGGGGAGGCUGAUCCCCAGGAGCUACCUGAGCCUCCAGGAGGCCGUGCUGACCGAGCAGCAGCGCCGCAGCCUGAACGACGACGUGCAGUACCUAACGGACAGGCAGCUGGGGCAGCUGGUGGAGCAGAUGGCCAACAACGACAUCAAAGACUAUGAGGACCUGCAGUCCGCCAUCAGCUUCCUCAUAGAAACCGGCACCCUGCUGCACUUCCCGGACACCAGCCACGGCCUGAGGAACCUCUACUUCCUUGACCCCAUUUGGUUGUCCGAAUGUCUGCAGAGGAUCUUCAACAUCAAGGGCUCGCGGUCAGUGGCCAAGAAUGGGGUGAUCCGGGCAGAGGACCUCAGGAUGCUGCUGGUGGGGACGGGCUUCACGCAGCAGACGGAGGAGCAGUAUUUCCAGUUCCUGGCCAAGUUUGAGAUCGCCCUGCCUGUGGCCAACGACAGGUGA